CAAAAAGAUGAAGGAAGUUUUAAAAUAUUUUAAUCAUAAAAAAAAAAAGUGUUAAGAAAAAAAAAUUAUUGCAAUUUUUACCGAUAAGUGCAUAUGUAAAUGGAUCUAAUGCAUUUUUUAAUUAGAGCAUUAAUACUUUUAAAUAGGUCUCGACAAUACAUAGAAAUUUACCAUAAUGCCUCGCAUGUUGGGAUAUUGCGAUAUUUCGCCGAACUUGCGUGAAAGUGGGGUGAUAUCAGAAAAAUACUGGAUCAUCAAAAUUUUAGGGUGAUAAAAAAUUGAUAAGCUGUGACGUAUUUAUUUUAAAGAAAAUUGCUCGUUUAAUUAUAUCACAAUUUAUCUAACGCAACAAACUGGAGGCUACACAAGACAAUUAUUAGAUUCAUUUAAAUUCAAGAAACAAAUCAUGGUUUUGGAAAUAGUUCAUGAUUAUUUUAAUAGAAAACAUUAUAGUCUAACAUCUAGUAGUUUAUUGUUUAUUAUUGGUAGUUUUGUAUUCUGGAAAUUCCUUCAGAAAAUAUUGCAGUGGUACGAUUUCAGUAGAAAGAGACCUCCUGGACCUACCGGACUUCCAUUUGUUGGGUAUUUGCCAUUUUUGAGCAACGAGCCGCACAAGAAAUUUUGGAAGAUGAGAGGCAAGUAUGGAGAUGUGAUCGGCGUUAAUGUCGGCCAUAAAUUCCUUGUAGUUCUGAAUGAAUACAAAGUAAUGAAAGAGGUUUUAUGCCACCCGGCUGCUCUUAACAGAGCACCUGAUCUCUUCAGACACUUAGGUCAUAGUGGAUUUAUUUCAGAAAAUGGGGAAAAGUGGGUUGAACAACGAAGAUACAGUAUGUCAGUAGCCCGAGAUCUAGGUUUGGGCAGAGGCCACUGGCAAGAUCUGAUAAAGAUAGAGACAGACAACUUUUUGAAGAAACUUCGCCAAUUGCAUGGGAAACCUGCCGAUAUAUCUCACGAACUGGCGAUUUCUCUCACAUCUAACAUCAUUUCUCUUUUGAUUGGUCGCCGUCUGUCAGAAGACGAAGCUGACAAACUUCAAUUAUGUGUCAACUUUUCUGAUAUUGCACUCAUGUAUAUAAGUCCAACGAAUCCAACAACAAUCGUGCCGGCACUGAGAAAAUUGUGCGAGGUUUGCAAAAUAGCGGGUUAUGACAAAGCGAUGAAAAUUAUCCGGCACUUUUCCUCUUUCAUUAGAGAAGAAAUAAAUCAGCAUAAGACUUCUACACACUCUAAAGAUAUGCCAGAUUUUAUAAAUUCAUAUUUGGAUAAAAUUUCGGAAAUGUCAAGAUCUGGUAAAAAGAAUCACGCGUUUUCAGAAUCGAUGUUGGAAGGUACUAUAAACCUACUCUUUCUGGGCUCCAGCGACACCAUAUUCAGUUCCUUGGGUUGGUUAUUUCGACUCAUGUGCAAACACAAGGACAUUCAGGAUAAAGUAUAUUCAGAACUCACAGAAGUCCUCGGUAGAGAUGGACAAGCAAGAUACGAAGAAAGAGAUAAAAUUCCCUACACGUUUGCUGUGAUGAUGGAAGCACAAAGAUAUGGAUCCAUUGUUCCAUUGAGUGGUAACAGACUUGCAUUUGAAGAUAUUUCUGUCAACGGAUGCAUCAUUCCAAAGGGCUCCGAAAUAACUGCCAAUCUAUGGGCACUGCACCAUGAUCCAGCCUACUGGGAUGAACCAGAUGAGUUUCGACCAGAAAGAUUCUUGACAGAUGGAGGCACCAAGAUUGUCAAGAAUCCCCCAAGUUAUGUUCCAUUUUCAAUUGGUAGAAGAAACUGUCCAGGAGAAACCAUAGCGUGGAUGGAAAUCCUUUUCUAUUUCUCUGAAGUUGUAAAGAAUUUUGAAAUUUCAACUCCUCCCGAUGUGAAACCUGAAUUCAAAAUUGUGAAUGGACUUGUUUCCCGCUUAGCUCCUCAGGCACUAUGCUUUAAAGAACGAAAAUCUUGAAUAUAUAUGUUAUUUUUUUAAUUUUCUAUUUUUCUUCAUUUAUAGAUAUUAAGAUAAUCAUGUUAUUACUUUAAACUAGAAUUUUUAAAAUCUUUUCCGUCCACCUUUUAGCUGUAGCAGGAUUCUUGGAUCUAUUCUUUUAUUUAACUUCUUAACCUAUUAGACCUAUUAUUUUAAUUUAUUAACCUAUUAGACCUAUUAUUUUAAUUUAUUAGCCUAUUAGACCUAUUAUUUUAAUUUAUUAACCUAUUAGACCUAUUAUUUUAAUUUAUUAACCUAUUAGACCUAUUAUUUUAAUUAUUUAACCUAUUAGACCUAUUAUUAAUUUUAUUCAAAAUCUAUUGGUCUUAUUAUUUUAUUUUUUAAUAUUUCGUGGUACUAAUAAAUGACUGUAGCAAUGCAAUGAAAUUCAAAUGUUAAUUAUUCGAAAGUGAUAAUAAUUCAAUUUAAAAUAAUAUAGUUGUUAAAAAACUUGAAUAAUAUGCUUUCAGUUAUUGGAAACAUAUUAUAUAUUAUCUAAUAUAUUAUCAUUUAUUGGGAAAUUUUAAUAAAAUUUGUCACAUUUCUUUUUCGGUUUAUUAUUAUUAUUAUUUUUGAAAUGCUUCAUAUAUAAUACAUGUAAAAGUUUUUCUUGUCAAUUUUAAAUAUUUUUUGCUCUGUGUUUUGUUUAAAUCUCCUUCUGAUUAUACGUUAUAGCAUAAAAAUUUAUGUUUAAACAUUCAAAAAAAGAUAAUCAUGAUAUCCAAAUUUCCCAAAGAAAAAGAAAUUUGAGAUUCUUAUUUGUUUUCUAUCUUUACUCCCUCCAAAGCUUUUGUUUCAAUAAUUUAAAAUGGUGCAAUUACUUUAUUCCCAUUGUGGUCUGAAAAGCAAUUUAAAAUUUUAUCAUGAUUCAUCGACAAAUUAUCAAAUUUUUCAUCUGUUUUCUUUUGCAUAUAGAAUAUCAUAUGUAAGUUAGUGGCACAGAAAUGGAAGUGGUGAUAAAAGGAUUGACUGCAGGAAAGAAUUUUAUAUUCACUUAUUCUUUCCAUGCAGCUAUGUUCAGAGCGAUACGGAACUCAUGAAAUAACCCAACAUAGUCGCAUCCUCACUGUUCAAAUAAAUUUUCUUCUCUGUCACAGGAACUUUUUGCAAAGUUAUUCAUUAAAAUGUUUCAAAAUAAAGCACAACAUUAAUUUUAACCUAAUAAGCUUAACUGCCUUUUCUGAAAUGAUGCAUACAAAUAAAUCUGUUUUAUCGAGAUUUUUGGAAGACAGAUAUCGACAUAUUAGUUUAAUUAUAUUUUUUCAUGAAAUCUCUUAAAGAUAACUUCACAAAAUAGUGUAUUAAAUUUUUUUAUGCUAAAUUAUAACAAAAAUCCCUCCAAAUAUGACAUAAUUUUGUAAGACAUAAUAAGACAUAAUUUUUCAAUAUCAUCUAGUUGAUAUGACCUUGAAACCCCGUUGACGUCACCGACAAAUAACGACCGGCUUGCUAAUGGCUCCGCUAACAAGCAUAUUUAUAUGAAUGUAUGGGCACAGAUAAAGUGCAAGCCUAAUAACAUAAUAACAGACAUGAGAAGAUCAAUCAAAUGUAUUCACAUUAAUUUCUUAAAAUGAGGCCACUCUAAAGGAUAUAUACUUGAUGACAUCGAUGGAGCAUCGAUAUAUAUUUUUGGAUGGAUUGUGGCCUAACGAAGGGGACGAAACGGAAAUGGGAGUAUUCAAAGCUAGAUUAAAUCAUGUAGGUACCUCUUAGGAAAUUUAUAUUUCGGGGAGCCUCUUGACUCUCUAUCUUUUAAGUCUAAAUAUGUUAAUAUAUUUUAAUAUCUAAAUAUUAAAUUUUUUUAUAGGUUGCUAAUUAAAAAAUCUGCCACAUGAUAAUAACAAAACAUUUGAAGAGUUGAUUGUAGUCUUUUGAGCCCAAUAAAUAAAUAAAUUUGAAAAUUAUUUUAAACAAUAUACUAAAAAAAAGCUAAAUAUUUUUUCAAUAAAGUUUGAAUAGUCUAAUAUAAAAUUUACCAAAAAUUUUUUUAUCAAAAAUUGUAAUAAUAAUA